AUGAAGCAGUCAGAGAUAAAUAAGCAAGUAAAUGAACUCCUACAAGGCGGAGUAAUCACCACGAGUGACAGUCCUUGGAACGCACCUCUCUUGAUCGUGCCAAAAAAGGUCAACGCUUUGAGAGAGCAAAAGUACCGGUUGGUCGUGGACUAUAGAAAGCUCAACAGCAUCACCAUCGGCGACGCGUUCCCAAUGCCCAACAUCAAUGAAAUAUUGGAUCAACUAGGCAGAGCUAAGUAUUUCAGCUGCCUAGACAUGGCUAGCGGCUACCACCAGGUACCCCUACACCCUAAGGAUCAAGAGAAGACUGCCUUUAGUACCAACCAAGGACAUUUUCAGUUUCAAAGAAUGUCUUUUGGAAUAAAAGGAGCACCUUCAACGUUUCAAUGUCUGGACAACAGAGUACCAAUGAGUAUAUAUGGUGUCCGCGCCUUCGUAUAUCUGGAUGACGUGAUAGUGAUAGCUUCAUCGAUCCAAGAACACGAAGAGCGGCUCAGGGAGAAAUUUGACCGCCUGAGGCAAUAUAAUCUCAAGUUGCAGCCGAGCAAAUGCGAAUUUAUGCGACGGGAAGUAAAUUACCUAGGUCACAUUAUAUCUGAAGAGGGCUUAAAACCAGAUCCCAACAAAACAUCGUUGGCCGAUCCGGGCGCGAGACUCAUCCGCUGGAGGCUCAGGCUAGAGGAACAUGACUACGAAAUAAUUUAUAAACCGGGAGUUCUCAAUACCAACGCAGAAGCUUUGAGUAGGAUACCGCACAUACAAUAUUUCAAUUAUCGGGAAAAUACUUACGAAAACUUUGUACGCAACGAUUCUCCGGUAGUUAACCACCGAGUUAUCGAGCUGGAAGGAGACCUAUUCGAAGCGACGCAAGACUAUGCACUAGCCCAUUGUGUAUCCAAAGAUUUAGACAUGUCCCGUGGAUUAGCCCUGGAGUUCGAUCGCCGUUUCGGACAUACCGACGUUCUCAAGGGACAACAAAAAAGAGUAACAGAAAUAGCACAAUUGGAACACGAAGGCCAAAAAUUGUUAUAUCUGAUAACAAAGGAGAAACAUUUCCAAAAGCCGACGUAUGAAAAUCUAUACAAAACUCUCCAAACCCUGAGAAGCAAGGCAGAACAAGAACUGAUCUCACACAUCGCGAUGCCACGURUUGGAUGUGGGCUGGACCAACUCAAUUGGGACAAAGUCAAGGCCAUGAUAAAAUACGUAUUUAAAGGGUCACGAAUAAAAAUAGUAAUUUACAGUCACCAGAKAUAUAGUCCCGAAGUCCCGAAGUCAACAAAGCCAGUAAUCACACAGUGA